UGAAUUGCUGCUUCUUUGCUCAGGAUUCCCGUUCUAAGUUUUUGCGAUCGGCACGCGUCUCUUUUGUUUUGUAUCUUGUAUUUUCGUAUCCUGUGUGAUUUAUGAGGAAUAAGUCAUUUUCCUUACCUGCAUUUUUCCUCCGGAGUUUCCGUUUGCAUCCUUGGAGAACGACCCACGCAUAAACAUGCGACCCAACCGUGACAUCUUUUGACCUGUGGUUUGCACUAGCCGGGCAAUGCAGAGCCAUUUUCAGAUGUUUCAAUGGCAGGAAGUGGGCAUCGGCUCACCACUCCGGAAAGCAGUGAUGGAAAAGAGGAAAAGGUGUGAUGAUAACCAUAGAACUGGAACCUGCCUCUGUCCUGGCUACUCAGUAACAACGUAACAGCCUUCAUGUGACCCCGCCCAUCGAGUCAGUGAGAUGAGUCUAAGCACCAGCGAGAUGGAGGACCUGUGGGAGUCCUUGGGCUACCUCAACUUCUCCGACUCCUUCGCCAACAUUUCCAGCGUGGACGCCACGGUGUGCGCCACGGCCUUCAACCGCCGCGCCCUGCUCCACUCCAUGUGCGUCCUCUACACCUUCAUCUUCGUGGUGGGCCUGGCGGCCAACGCUUUGGUGCUGUGGGUGAACGUGCGCGCUCAGGGCGCCGACUCCGCCCCCCGCCACGAGACCCACACGUACAUCGCCCACUUGGCCGCGGCCGACCUGUGCGUGUGCGCCACGCUGCCCGUGUGGGUGAGCUCUCUGAUCCAGCACGGCCACUGGCCCCUGGGGGAGGUGGCGUGCAAACUCACGCACCUUCUCUUCUCCGUCAACCUCUUCGGGAGCAUCUUCUUCUUGGCUUGCAUGAGCGUCGACCGCUACCUGAGUGUGUCGCGGCACCGGGAGAACCAGGGCGGCAAGCGCAGGAAGAUGAUGCGGCGGGCGGUGUGUGUAGGGGUGUGGCUUCUGGCUCUGGUGGCCUCUUUGCCGGACACCUACUUCCUGCGUACAGUGAAGGCCUCACACGGGGACAGCGUGCUCUGCAGGCCCGUGUACCCAGACGACAACCCCAGGGAGUGGAUGGUCGGCGUCCAGCUGAGCUUCAUCCUCCUGGGCUUCGUCCUCCCCUUCCCUGUGAUCGCCAUCUUCUACGUCCUGCUGGCCAGAACCUUCGCCCGCGCGCCCUCGUCCUCGCCGUCCUCCACCGUGGAGCAGGAGCGCCGCGUGAGCCGCAGGGUGAUCCUGGCCUACAUCGUGGUUUUCCUGGGAUGCUGGGGUCCGUACCACGCCGUGCUCCUGGCCGACUCCCUCUCCCAGCUGGGCGUCCUGCCGCUGACCUGCGGCCUGGAGAACUUCCUGUACGUGGCCAUGCACCUCACCCAGUGCCUGUCCCUGCUGCACUGCUGCUUCAACCCCAUCCUCUACAACUUCAUCAACCGGAACUACCGCUACGACCUCAUGAAGGCCUUCAUCUUUAAAUACUCCACGCGGACUGGCCUGGCGCGCCUCAUCGACACGUCCAACGUGUCCGACGCGGAGUACUCCGCCGUGGCCGCGGACAACCCGCCGCAGCUUUGAGAACCGGUUAAAAAUCCUCUCAAUCUGAUCCCCGGUUUUCAUCAGGGUUCGUCACAUUUUGACAUGAAAGGACUUUUACAGACAAUCUGUUGCAAUUAAAUGGACGGACACGCAUCAAAUUGAUGGACUGAUUGUAAAAAAAAAAAAAAAAAAAAAAAAAAAAAAAAGCACUUAGGGAGCAGUUUGAUUCGCGUAAACCAGGGGUGUCAAACUCAUUUUAAAUCAGGGGCCACAUGGAGAAAAAUCUACUCCCACUGGUAACAUCACGGCACAAUAACUUAAAAAUAAAGACAACUUCAGAUUGUUUUCUUUGUUUAAAAAUAGAACAAGCAUAUUCUGAAAGUGUACAAAUCAUAAUGUUGUUGUUUUUUACACUUACAUGUUGCAGUUGAUAGUAUUCUAUCUUUAUUUGUCGUUAUUUAUACUUUCUGAAUACAUUAUGUGAUAAUGUUCAUCAGUCAAAUCAUUGCUGUUAAUUUUCAAUCUAUCAAGAUAAAAAAAAAUGGGUAACACUUUAGUAUGGGGAACACAUACAUACUAACAUAUUCACCAUUAAUUAGUUGCUUAUUAACAUGCAAAUUAGUAACAUAUUGGCUCUUAAUUAGUCAUUAUUAAGUACUUAUUAAUGCCUUAUUCUGCAUGGCCUUAUUAUACAACCAGUAAGCCAUUAACUAAGAGUCUUCCCUCAAAAUUCUCAGAAUUAUUGCUUAUUAAUAACCCUAACCCUAACCCUUAUAUGUUCCCCUAGUGUCCAAAUAACUCAAAAUUAAGUCUUUGUUACUUUAAUAAGCAAUUCAUUAAUGGUGAAUAUGUUCCCCAUACUAAAGUGUUACCAAAUAAUUAUAUCAAAAUCAAAUUACAGUAUGUUAUUUAUGUAGUUUGAUCAUUUUCCUCGACUGAUGUACUGACAUCAUGUGGUUUAUUUUGUACAUAAGUAGCAUCAUCUACAAAGAUACAAAGAAUUGCUAUUGUGACAUCCAGUGGACACAUUAAGAACAGCUGUUUCUUUCAUUCAAAAAUUUCAGGUUAAUUUUUAUACUUAGCAAACUAAUCCCGCGGGCCGGAUAAAACCUGUUCGCCGGCCUGAUCCGGCCCUCGGGCCGUACGUUUUGACACUCCUGGAGUAAUCAUAUAAAUACUGUAGCGUUGCUCAUUUGAAAGGCCCCACCUUAGAUUUGUAAGGUCGUUUUGUGUGUAUGUGUGUUUAUAAUCAGGCGGGAAUCUAUUCUGUCUUGUCAGAAUGACUUCAAGAUAAUGUAUUUAUACUCGUUUAUAACCACCGCACGGUUACGCCUCAUCCUUUCAGUGCACGCACUGGCGGGCUCCUCUUUCAAGUCCUGCUGUCACGCGUUAGGUAUGACAAAAAAACCUCAUUACGUCAUCUCAGUUGAAUCCUUCAGACCAAAUAGAAGACCCCUGAAAAUGUUUUGUCAAAUUUUGUGCUGAUCCCGCCCCAAAGUUGGUUUGUGUGAGAAAUGUCAAGUCAAUCUUUUUAAACAGUGCCACCAUGUGGUAUAUUUAAAAAAAAAAAAAGUUUAAAAAAAAAACAUUUGCACAGUAUGGAUGCAUGUCUUGCCAAGUUGUCACCCAAUAGCCUUGAGUCGUUAAAAAUUGAAAAUGGUAAAUGGUCUGUAUUUAUAUAGCGCUUUACUAUACCUGGAAAGGUACUCAAAUGUUUUUUCCCUUUUCUGUGCGUUCCAAAGAGUAAAAAAGUUGCUAGUAGGAGGCAGCUAACACACCUAUUAAGCCCUCUAAUAAACAUCCAUAAUACCUCCAACACUGUUUUAUGUACAAGCUGUAGGUAUGUAUGUAAUGUAGUAAAGUUAAAGUCCCAACGAUAGUCACACACACACACACUAAGUGUGAUGAAAUUAUCCUCUCUGGGAGGGGAGGUGAGGGGAGCAGUGAGCAGCAGAGGUGGCCGCGCUCUGGAAUCAUUUUGGUGAUUUAAGCCCCAAUUCCAACCCUUGAUGCUGAGUGCCAAGCAGGGAGGCAAUGAGUCCCAUUUAUAUAUGUAUAUAUAUAUAUAUAUAUAUAUAUAUUUACACAUUAGGUGAGGAAAAAACACAGAGGCUAUAUCAUCCCUACAAGCCUGUUUCACAGGUUUCCCUGCUCGUCAGGGGAUUUUAUCCUUCAGACCAAAUAGAAGACCCCUGAAAAUGUUUUAUCAAAUUCUGUGCUGAUCCUGCGAAACGCCCAAAAGUUGAGUUGUGUGAGGAAUUUCAAGUCAAUCUUUUUAAACAAUGCCACCAUGUGGCCAAAAUCCCCUGACAAGCAGGGAAGCCUGCAAAACAGGCUUGUGGGGAUGAUCUAGCCGCUGUGUUUUUUCCUGACCUAACGUAUAUUCCGCUUUAACCCGGUAUUGAGCACUGUAUAACGGAUAAACCACAGAAACCUCGACAUAUAUAUAUAUAUAUAUAUAUAU